CAUGAGUGAUGCCGAACAGAGCGAAGAUGGACAAGUGAUGAGCGGUGUCGAGCUAAGCCCUUCCGACGAUGAGGAAACGACCGAUUCACUAGACAUCAAACCACCGCAAGCAAGCAGCGCUUACUAUGGUAUGAGCAAACGCAAGGAUAAGAAAGGUAAGGACCGGCGACACGCCAAGGAUCAACAGCAGCAGCAGCACCUUCGGCAUCACAUGAUGUCGGAACCGCGUGAAAGUGACCGCGACCGGCAGCGUGGUGAGCGGCGCGGUGACCGAGGAAGCAACCGGAUGGAACGCGAGCAAUACUACCGCGAACGGGACCAUCACGCGCAAAGUGGCCGUGAACAGCAGCACCAGCAGCAUCGUCAUUCCGGUGGUCAGAGUUCUUCCUCACGCACUGGAGGUAGUAGCGGAAGGGAUCGAAGCGGAAGUGCCCGGGAUGGAAGCAAUCGUGAGAAGCAUCACUCGUCACGGUACGAAAUGAAUCCAUUCUAUGGAGAAAUGCGUGAAACGUACCACAGCAAACGUGAACGUGAUCGGGACCGGGAACGGGAGCACCGUGCCGAACGGGGAACCGAUCGGGAACGGGACCGCGAACGCGAAUACAGCGAAAAACAGCGCCGGGUGGAGGAAAAAGCAACCGAUCCGGAGAAAAUCAUGGAAGAUUUACGUACCCGCCUGCUGCACAAAAAGAAUCGCCGGGAUUCCAAGCGUACCGAGGGCCGAGAUCGGGAACACCGUGAGAUGCAUCAGGAAGCCACCGAAAUGCGCAAUACGGAAGAGACGACGGAAUAUUACGCGGAGAAGCGUGAACAUCGCCGGCGAGAACAGCGAGAUCAGCACCGUAGGCAUCGGGAAGCGGAAGAAGAAGGGAACGAGAUGAGAGAACGAGAACGUGGUACACGGCAUCACAGUGGAGGGGAGCGUAGACGGGCUACCGCUGAAGUCGUUGAAAUCCUCGAAAGUCCCGAUCAUCAGCACUAUCAAGGUCAUCAGCAACAACAGCAAAGCCAACCGCCGAAUGUGCCUCGUACGGCGGAAGAGAAAGAACAGGAAGAACGGCGAGCGAAGCUUUUAGAAGCUGAUCGGGAAAUGCUACGAAGAAAGGAACUUGCACGGGAAGAGCUGGAAGCGCGACGUUUGCGAAAGGAAGAGCAACGUGGCAGAGGAGGCGAAUUGGAAUCACACUCUGAAGAAUCGGAUGACGAGGAGGAUGAGGAGGAAGAGGAGGAGGAGGAUGAUGAUGGAGAGAUGGAAGAGGAAGAGGAGCGGUACGAGGACGAUGAUGUUGAGAUGAUACCGGAAGACGAACGGCGGACGAGCGGUAAAAGAGGUACGAAGCGAAGAGGUGAACGAGGAGCACGUGAGCGUGCUCCGCGGCACAGAAACCGGCGCGGAUCAUCCCAUUCUCUAACGAGUUCAUCACACGGCGGUUCUAUUGAUUCUGAAGGUCGUGUGGAAGAUGAUGAACAUCCUCCAGAAAGUCCACUGUCCGUGGGCGAUCUUGCGAAAUCCGAUCAUCGACGUUCGGAUUCUUAUCAUACACAUUCGGGAUCGGAUUCAGCAUCUCGGAGUCGUUCCCGAAGUCCUCGAAGAAAUCCCCGACGAAGGGAUAGCCGCAGCUCAAGAAGUAGCCGUAGUAGCCAUUCGAGAGAGCAGGAUACAAAAAAACAUUUCACAUCCGGUGGAGGGGACGAUAAUGAUAACAACGAUGAAGGGAAACCAGCCGGGGAAGGAAAACCGACAGCAGAAGUUCCGCCAGAGGUUGAAGUAAAGGAUACGCUUCCUCCAUACUUUCCCGGUAUUCAAGGUUGCCGAUCGGUGGAAGAAUUCCUGUGCCUCAAUCGCAUCGAGGAAGGCACAUACGGUGUGGUUUAUCGAGCGAAGGACAAACGCACCGAGGAGAUUGUCGCACUGAAGCGAUUGAAAAUGGAGAAGGAAAAGGAAGGCUUUCCGAUAACAUCCCUUAGAGAAAUUAACACCCUCUUAAAGGGACAACAUCCCAACAUUGUGACCGUGCGCGAAAUCGUGGUUGGAAGCAACAUGGACAAAAUUUUCAUCGUAAUGGAUUACGUCGAGCACGAUCUGAAAUCGCUCAUGGAAACGAUGAAGCACAAGAAGCAGGUAUUCCUGCCCGGCGAGGUGAAGUGUCUCACCCAGCAACUUCUUCGUGCUGUGGCCCAUCUGCACGACAACUGGAUCCUGCACCGAGAUCUUAAAACGUCCAAUUUGCUCCUAUCCCACAAAGGAAUCCUUAAGGUGGGUGAUUUCGGACUUGCACGCGAAUACGGAUCACCACUCAAACCGUACACCUCGAUCGUGGUAACGCUCUGGUAUCGGGCCCCGGAACUACUGCUCUGCUGUAAAGAAUAUUCCACUCCGAUCGACAUCUGGUCGGUGGGAUGCAUUUUUGCCGAGUUUCUCUCGAUGGCGGCCCUAUUCCCGGGCAAAACCGAAAUCGAUCAGCUGAACCGCAUCUUCAAGGAUCUUGGUACACCGAACGAAAAGAUUUGGCCCGGUUAUAACGAGCUACCCGCAGUACAGAAGAUGACCUUCACCGAAUAUCCGGUCUCGAACUUGAGGAAGAAAUUUUCCCACCUAACAAGCGAGCUUGGCAUUUCGCUGCUUCAAGGGCUGCUCACGUUCGAUCCCAAGCAGCGGCUUACGGCGGAGGCAGCGCUUCAGCACAACUACUUCAAGGAGCUACCGUUGCCGAUCGAUCCGGCCAUGUUUCCUACGUGGCCGGCAAAGAGUGAGCUUGGAUUGAAGAAGGCUCUCGCCUCCAGCCCGAAACCACCGAGCGGUGGUGGAGAGUUCAAGAAGCUGGGUGAUGAUGCAGUGCCAGAUAAUGCAGGCUUCCAUCUCGGCGGGACAACGUACUCCGAAGCACGGCAGUUGGCGAUGGGUCCAGGGUUUAGCUUAAAGUUCUGAGGGCACGAGUUGUCAACCGGGUUCGGGUUGAAGUAGAGUUGUAAGACACUACUUCUCA